CGGGCGGCAGGUGUCGACGGCGUCGGCAUUCGGCGGCGAUGGAGCGGCCCCGGGGAGCUGCGCAGGGCCUCUCGCGCUGGCCCCACGGCCUCGGCCUCCUUCUCCUCCUCCUCCUCCAGCUGCUGCCGCCGGCAAGCCUCGGCCAGGACCGGCUGGACGCGCCGCCGCCGCCCGCUGCGCCGCUGUCGCGCUGGUCCGGCCCCGUCGGGGUGAGCUGGGGGCUGCGCGCGGCCGCGCCUGGGGGCCCGGUUCCCCGCGGCGGCCGUUGGCGCCGCAGCGCGCUCGGUGAGGACGAGGACUGCGGCGGGGUCCGGGACUUUGUCGCCAGGCUGGCCAACAACACACACCAGCAUGUGUUUGAUGAUCUCAGUGGCUCGGUGUCCUUGUCCUGGGUUGGGGAUAGCACUGGGAUCAUCCUAGUCCUGACUACCUUCCAUGUACCACUGGUAAUUAUGACUUUUGGACAGUCCAAGCUGUAUCGAAGUGAGGACUAUGGAAAGAACUUUAAGGAUAUUACAAAUCUCAUCAAUAACACCUUCAUUCGAACUGAAUUUGGCAUGGCUAUCGGUCCUGAGAACUCUGGGAAGGUGAUUUUAACAGCAGAGGUGUCGGGGGGAAGUCAUGGAGGAAGAAUCUUCAGAUCAUCAGAUUUUGCAAAGAACUUCAUUCAGACCAACCUCCCUUUUCACCCUCUGACUCAGAUGAUGUAUAGCCCUCAGAAUUCUGAUCAUCUCUUAGCCCUCAGCACCGAAAAUGGCCUGUGGGUGUCCAAGAAUUUUGGGGGAAAAUGGGAAGAAAUCCACAAAGCAGUAUGUUUGGCCAAAUGGGGAUCAGACAGCACCAUCUUCUUCACCACCUAUGUGAACGGCUCCUGCAAAGCUGACCUUGGGGCCCUGGAAUUACGGAGAACUUCAGACUUGGGGAAAAGCUUCAAAACCAUUGGUGUGAAAAUCUACUCAUUUGGUCUUGGGGGACGUUUCCUUUUUGCCUCUGUGAUGGCUGAUAAGGAUACAACCAGAAGGAUUCAUGUAUCAACAGAUCAAGGGGACACAUGGAGCAUGGCCCAGCUCCCCUCUGUGGGGCAGGAGCAGUUCUACUCUAUUCUAGCAGCUAAUGAUGACAUGGUGUUCAUGCACGUAGACGAGCCUGGAGAUACCGGAUUUGGCACCAUAUUUACCUCGGAUGAUCGAGGCAUCGUCUAUUCCAAGUCCUUGGACCGGCACCUCUACACCACCACAGGUGGCGAGACAGACUUUACCAACGUGACCUCCCUCCGCGGCGUCUACAUGACAAGUGUGCUAUCCGAAGAUAAUUCUAUCCAGACUAUGAUCACUUUUGACCAAGGAGGAAGGUGGAAGCACCUGAGGAAGCCUGAAAACAGUGAAUGUGACGCUACCGCAAAAAAUAAGAACGAGUGCAGCCUUCAUAUUCACGCUUCCUACAGCAUCUCCCAGAAACUAAAUGUCCCAAUGGCCCCACUCUCAGAGCCCAAUGCUGUCGGCAUAGUCAUCGCCCACGGUAGCGUGGGAGAUGCCAUCUCAGUGAUGAUCCCAGAUGUGUACAUCUCAGAUGACGGGGGUUACUCCUGGCUGAAGAUGCUGGAAGGACCCCACUAUUACACCAUCCUGGAUUCCGGGGGCAUCAUUGUAGCCAUCGAGCACAGCAGCCAUCCUAUCAAUGUGAUUAAGUUCUCCACAGACGAAGGUCAGUGCUGGCAAACCUACGUGUUUAGCAGGGAGCCUAUCUACUUCACUGGCCUGGCCUCCGAACCCGGAGCUCGGUCCAUGAACAUCAGCAUCUGGGGUUUCACAGAGUCUUUCCUGACUCGCCAGUGGGUCUCCUACACCAUCGACUUUAAAGAUAUCCUUGAAAGGAACUGUGAAGAGAAGGACUACACCGUAUGGCUGGCUCACUCCACGGACCCUGGGGAUUAUGGAGAUGGCUGCAUUUUAGGCUAUAAGGAACAGUACCUCCGGCUGCGCAAGUCGUCCGUCUGUCAGAAUGGUCGGGACUAUGUUGUGACCAAGCAGCCAUCCGUCUGUCCUUGUUCCCUGGAGGACUUCCUCUGUGAUUUUGGCUACUUCCGUCCAGAAAACGACUCCAAGUGUGUGGAACAGCCAGAACUGAAGGGCCAUGACCUAGAGUUUUGUCUGUAUGGGAGAGAAGAGCACCUGACGACAAAUGGGUACCGGAAAAUUCCAGGAGACAGAUGCCAGGGUGGAGUGAAUCCAGCUCGAGAAGUAAAAGACUUAAAAAAGAAAUGCACGAGCAACUUUUUGAGUCCAGAAAAACAGGACUCCCGCCCACAGGGACACAACCUGUCCCAGAAUCCAGCUCCGCCUCCUCUUGGAUACACUGAAAACACACACUCCCUAUCUCCCACCCAGAAGCAGAAUUCCAAGUCAAGUUCUGUUCCCAUUAUCCUGGCCACUGUGGGACUGAUGCUGGUCACAGUCGUAGCCGGAGUGCUCAUUGUGAAGAAAUACGUCUGUGGGGGAAGGUUCCUGGUGCACCGAUACUCUGUGCUCCAGCAGCACGCGGAGGCCAAUGGGGUGGAUGGCGUGGACGCCCUGGACACAGCCUCCCACACCACUAAAAGCGGUUAUCACGACGACUCAGAUGAGGACCUCCUGGAAUAGCUCCUCAAAGGAGCUGGGACCAAGCAUGGAUGAUGGAACCACAGUACCUCCUACACUCCCUGUGGCUCCAACUUGGGGAAAUAAAUUCCCAUUGCAAGGGACCCAGCUCUGUUUCUGCUGCUUCCAUCAAAGCCAAAAGGACCUACACUAAAGAAAUGGGGGCGGUGGGGGGCGCUAAACACUCUUAAAAUUGGCUCUGAGAAGAGAGGGAAAUUUUUUAAUCCUUUAACUUUUCAUUUUGAGUUCUGUCUUUUUGCAAGGCAUGGGCCUUUUUUGGUUUGGGUUUUGGUUUUGAAGGGAAAUGAAAUGGAAAUGAAGGGAACUUUUCACUAACCCCACUGUUGCAUGUUUUGCAUGGCACCUGCCCCAGGGCCCCUGCCCACUUCAGCAUCAACUCUCACAAAGCACCUGGUGCUGUCUCUGGGCUGUGCUGGUGAGACAGCACAGAGGCUGCGAUGGCUGCCACAGCCUGGGCAGCCCCUCUCCAUCUGGGGACAGCCCUGCUCCAAGAACACACAUACCAGCUCCUCACACAGUUCCCUGCUCUUUGUUGUUUUGUUUUGUUUUUUCUUUCAGGGACCGUAGGCCACAGUGAUUUUUCUUUUCCCCGGUUUAAUUAGGCAGUACCGUUGUUAAUUGCCCUUUGGCAACUAAGUUAACCAUGUGCUUCCAAGACACUAAAUCAGGAAAACCUAAAGGGCAAUAUUUUUCACUUGGGGCAGGAAGAAAGGAGCAGCAGAGGACUAGAUUUAGCACCUCUUAAAGGAGAAAUUCUUGCUUCUUCUGAAAUCUUUCAAGCCAUGCUUUGUGUGUGUGCCAGUGGACUUGCUCAAGGACAGGGUUCAGCUGGCCCGGGCUAUGUGCCCGGGCCGAGCCAUCCCUUCACUAGAGCUGGUGGCGCGCAUGGCGCAGCCCCCGAGGCGGGAACAGCACGGGCUUCCACCUCCCCUCUGCCUGCUCCGCUGGCUCCGGUGAAUCGUUAGAAUGGUUGCUUGUUCGCUUCCUCUUAGGUCGCUCUUGUACAUGGAGCCUCAACUAGACACUUUUUCAGAUUUUAUAGGCUUUUGUUUAAAAAAAAAAAAAAAAAAGGAAUUUUAUGACCAGGCCUUCCUCCUCAGCCCCUUUUCCCAGCUUUGCCAAGUAACUUAAGAGUGAAAAUUCUGGCUGAACCAACUGAAAAACACACUUCCAGUGGAGCUGAUGUUUUGGGUGGUACAUUAAGUUCAUAUGUUUUUUAAUUCAGUGAAUUUUAUUAUUUAUAGCUGUACAACCAUCAUCACAACCUAAGUUCAUAUUUUAAAUUUUAAAAAUCCAUUUGACAUUUAAGAAAAAAUGAAAUUAGAAAAUGUGGCAAGGUGGAUUUUGGGGUGGCCAUAUAUAACAUAGAGAUGGAAAGCUGUAAUCAUUAGUUUUAAUACAGCCUGCCUGCUCUGCAGGAAUACAGCAGUGUAUAUUUUCAGUCGUAGCAGACCUCCUGUGCUGGUCACAACUUCUCCCAGUAAUUAUGACCGAGACAUUCUUUGGUAACUGCCAUUUUGCUGCUAGUUCAUUUUAUGGCUAGAAAGUCAGUUAAAAGUAAAUGUGCCAAAUUCACUUUUGUCAGAAUGCAAGAGCAGAUGGCCAAGUUCUCUCCUCACCAGAGUGGAUCAACAGCAGCAGGGAAAGUGGGGGAGGGAGUGGAAGGAGAAUUUUAGAGACUUUGAAACUGCAGUAAAAUUAAGUGAGUCAGGGAGCUUCAGUUAGAAAAUAAAGUUAGGGCAGUUUUUGUGAAGAGAGUUAACAUUUGUUUAGAGCCAGAAAGCACUAGUCUUUGAGGAGACGCACAUUCAUUUUGCAGGUUUUUUUCAAUUAAAAAUAAUUCCAAAGAUAGACCAGCUCACCAACGAUAAAGUAUCGGCCUUGUCCCAGACGCCCUCACCUCCUGCCCGAGAUAAAUCUGAUGCCCUGAAAAGGCCUACUUACACCACAUGCUGUUUCUCCUGAGUAUACCCCCUGGGUAUAUGUAUGGUCGUUCUCUGAUUAGUUUUAAGAUGUAGAAAAGUUAAUAUUCUUCUCUAACCUCUAAGAUUAGGGCUUUUUGCCUGUAAUGACAACUGGGAUUUCUAUAGAACUUAGCAAUUUUCACAGCACUUUUUCACUUGCAUUAUAUCGUUUGAACCUCACAACAUUCUUGUGAGAUUUAAAAAAAAAAAAAAAAAAAGGCAAGCCUUGUAUUCCCAUUAGAGAUGGAGCUGAGGUACAAGAUGGACUAGACUGUCAGGGGCCCUGCGUGUUAGGUGGUUGUCCUCUGUGCUCUUGCACGCUUUGAUGUGUGCCAGUGCCAAACACCUUGGAGCAGGGCUGCUUUCCUACAGGUGUUCUCCAGGCCAGGGAUCGGUGGCAUUUCUUUCAGAGCAGUAUUUAGCACUUUUUGCUACCUUGUUAAACAGAAGAUUUUAUUCUCCUGUAUUUCACAGCUGAAAACAAAAUUAACGGUCAUUUUGCAUGUGUGAGAGUCACUGUGAAGUGUGCGGGGGGUGGGGGGGGGAUGGACUUCCCAUUGAUGAGGCCCCCCUCUCCAUUCUCUCUGCCAUCCACCCCAGCCGGCCAGUCAGCUAACAAGUCCGUCUUCUGUGUCAGCCUCCUCACUCGCUGUGGAUGCCAUCUGCCAGGGAGUCAAAGAGCCUAAAGCCAUGAUAGCUUCUAGGAAGGAAACAUUUAUAAUUUGUCCUACUGAUGUUAGGUUAGGAGAACUAUCUUGGAAAGUAAAGUUGUGUAAAAUCUCGGGCUUGAUAUCAGAGAGAUGAGUCAGCAAUAGAAGUUAGCACUGGAAGAUAAGGUUGGACGUAUCAGACUGUCCAAAGUGAUCUGAGCGCUGAAAUCCAGGUGGAGACCUCCUCGUCCUUCCUGCUCUGUGGACAGGCGUCUUGGACUUCAGGGGCCUUGGGAUUUUAGUGAGACCUGAGACCAGGGAUGCGUACACCUAGGCUGUUGGUUGAGUGGGAGCACCACCGAUAAGCAGGAACGUGUCUGGAGGCUGUGGCAGUUCCGGGCUGGGCUCCGGAGAUUCAGUAGAUUUGCUGUAACUGAAACUUAGGAUUUGCUGCCUGCCUCUGAAUACACUUUCCCGUGUGCAUCUCUCUCAUCCUUAGGUUUGCCUCUGGGCCUCUCCAUGCCCAAGCUGGCCUUUCAUCCCUGACAGUUAAGUAAUGCGCUGGCCCCCGUUGGUUCUAUGAACCAUAGCUGGUUCUCCCACGGCCUUGAUCACAGUACCUGGGGUGAUUUCAUUAUUUUCUAGGCAAACGAUCCAGGUAGAGAGAUGAUUUACACAAUGCUAAAGAAAAUAAUGAAAUGACUGAAGCCAGGCCAGUCCUGCCUCCUGGAGUGGAUGUGGAUGGCCCUGCACUCCUUUCCUCUCUCCAGGUACUGUGAUCAAGGCCGUGGGAGACUUUUAGAAAGAGUCCAAGGAGCCCUGCUCCAGCAUGCAGUGGCUUAGAGCUCGCCCUGCUCGGUGUUGGUAUGGCCCAUUUGCCCCACAGGAAGCCUGGAUGUUCCAAACUGCUCAAAGGAAGAGAUUCCGCUUUUCAACUUUGCUACUAUCUUCCCUCAGGCAGAAAAAUAAACAUGGACUUACAUGUCCUCUGAACGAAAACCAAAGUUUAAGAUUUGCCACUUGACUUUUAGCACUGGCCCUCCACAGGUGCCAGACUCUCCACUCUGUCCGCCAUCGAUUCGCCCAGCUCAGGCAGCUCUGCCAGCGCCGUCCUGCCCCAGCAGAGCCUGGGCCUCGCCCUCGUGGAGGAUAACUGAGAUAGUAGGAACAUGCUGAUUUCUGGGGUUACUUUGCAUUAUAACAAUAAGAAUCAGAACAUUAACUUGAAAUUGUCUUCAACUUGCUGUAUGCAUUUUUCACACCAGUACAUUCUUAAGCAUCAUUGUUUAUAUAGAAUAACAAACUAAUCUGUACCUUUCUAUAUAUAUGUGUACAUAUAUACGUGUAUAAACUGUAGAGUGUACAUGUUACUGAUUUAUUGAGCUGUCCCAAAUCUUUAACGCAGUUCUCAUCCUUCGCAUGCCCUUAGUCUGUGGUCAGAUUACUUGAACAUUCCCAAUGAUUCUGCCCACCUCCAGUGUUUGGACGUCUAAGGGAGGAGGGUUUGAAGGUACCCUCCUAGCCUCAUGCACAGAAAUGCUCAGGGUCCCCGUGUGCCUGUAGCCCAGCCCUCUCUCCUUGUCUCUUGUUCCCCAUGUGGUCCCUCCUUGUUCUAUAACUUCUCUGCCCCCUCCCCAAGCUGUGGGACAGCUGCCUUCCUACUCAAGUGUAAAGCAGUAUUAAGAUCAUUACUGCAUGUGCGCUAAAACCCCAAGUUUUCUGUUCCUUUGAGACAGAAGAUUGCAUGUGAGGUGGGAUAAUCAAGUUUCAAUGACCUCCGUCAGUUACACAACAAAGCCAGACCCUGGAAUAAAAUUCCACAAAAUGGAAAUGAAACUCAAAUUUCUCUAGCAUUGUGUAAAUAAAUCUGGAUGUGUUUAACUUUGUACUGGUAAUUCUCUGUAUAUUUGCAAUAUUUGGGUUAGAAAUAAAACAGACUGGACUUUAUUACCUGA